CUGCUCAGCCCACAGUCUGGUCUAGGCAUGCAAGUGGCAGCAUGUGGGAGAAUGCGCUCCAGUGUGUGUAGAGGGAAAGACUACGCCGCCGGAGCCUCGGAGAUGUCUCUCUGAUGCAGGGAUUUCCCUCUUUUCUCCUGAACGGGACCCGGGCAGACUUGGGCUCCAGCAAGCACGGGGAAUUAAAGUUGGGCACUCAGAGGAAACCCAGGCGGCUCAUGUGAAGGACAAAGUGUUCCCAUAAUUGGAGCCUGUGUGAACCAUGUUAUUGGUGGGACGUCAAAUCCCAGUGAUGAGGGGAAGAAGGUGAUCCUGCUCCUGUAACACUUGUCAAUACAGAUAAAUCAUGGGGAACGUGGAAAGUCAAAACGGAGACAGCGGUGUGUAUGGUAAUGGAGCGGUGCACCUUUCCCGCAAACACACAUCCCGCUCACUCCGCCUCACCAACAAGAAGCCGGUCACUCGCCGGCCGAGGCACUCUCCGACCAUGAAACAUGAGCACAGAAACUCGGAGGCCUCCACUCGCUCCUCCAGCACACCGAGCAUCCCGCAGUCCUUAGCGGAGAGCGGACUGGAACUUUUCAGCGGCCCAGACGAGGCUGGAGAGUUCGGCAUUAACGCUCACUGGACACAACACGUCUCCAUGACAAUGAUGCCAGACUCCUAUCAGCAAGAGGACGAGCCCUUGGCCACGCCCACUCCUGAGACAUCAGAGGCGGACACUAUUGCUCAAGACGGAGGAGAGGAUUCAAUAGGGGAGGAGGAUGUCCCUGGGGAAGAGCGAUACCUUCAGAGAAUGACCGAAGGACCCAGAGAUGGAGGAACCUUUAAAAAAAAGCGUUCAAAGUCAGCAGACAUGUGGAGAGAAGACAGCCUGGAGUUCUUCAUGUCUGACGUGAGCCAGGAAAAUCUGACCAGCACUGAGGAUAUAAUCGACGGAGGAGAGGAAGAGGAGGAGGAGGAGCAGUUCAGGUGUCUCAGAGGGAGUACAGGCUCCACUGAAAGAGCUUCGUCUCUGGACCAUCUGUGCGGCAAGGAGAGUCCAGGCCUUCGGGGUCAGAGGAAUCGCUACAUUAAAAACCACAGAGAGGCCAACUGCAACGGAGAAGGCGAGGAUGGGUUAAUGUCUCCAAAUGAGGAGGACGGCGGCAGCUAUGGAGCAUUCACCCUCCCCUGUCGACGAUCUCAUUGUCUUUCUGAGGGGUUGUCAGACCUGGGGAUCCCUUCUGCACCCUGUCCUGCCUUCCAGGGACGUCGUGCACAUACUACUCAGGACAUCUCGGGCGCUUUGGGGGAAGGAAGCGAGUACGGCGACAGCGGCAUCGAUGGCGUUGCCACAGAGACGGACGCAGACGGCGAGCUGAUCUCCCGGCGGUGCAAAGCCAUGUCGGCCUCCUUCUCGCUCUACUCGGCCGCAGAGAGCAGCGUCUUUAAUGGGAGUGACAGCGGGAGCAGCAGCGCGGGCGGAGCAGAAGGAAGAGGGGCCGAGGGGAGCAGAGGAGGAGUGUACGAGAAUUUCCGGAAGGAGUUCGACAGUCAAGUCUGGACUAAUCACGGCAGAGAUUGCCCCGAGGAGGCUGGCUCUGCUGUAAGUGACGGGCAGAGCAGCGGCACGCUCAGCAGCGCCUAUCCGUCGGACACUGUGAUUGGCUGCGCUCAAGGCACAGUCAGGAAAGCUGGGGCUUUAGCUGUGAAGAACUUCCUGGUUCACAAGAAAAAUAAGAAGGUGGAGCUUGCAACAAAGCGCAAGUGGAAACAGUACUGGGUGUCUCUGAAAGGCUGCACCCUCUUCCUGUAUGAGUCUGAUGGCCGCUCUGUAAUUGACCAGAACAGCGUUGCUAAACAUGCCUUGUGGGUGGAGAACAGCAUCGUGCAGGCCGUGCCUGAGCACCCCAAGAAAGACUACGUCUUCUGCCUCAGCAACUCGAUGGGGGACGCGUUUCUAUUCCAGACAUCAGGCCAAACGGAGCUGGAGAACUGGAUCACGGCGAUUCACUCGGCGUGCGCCACGGCUCUCGCCCGGCAUCACCACAGGGAGGACACCGUCAGGCUGCUCCGAACGGAGAUCCGCAAACUGGAGCAGAAGAUUGACAUGGACGAGAAAAUGAAGAAGAUGGGCGACAUGCAGCUUUCCACUGUCACCGACGCGAAGAAGAGGAAGACCAUACUGGAGCAGAUUUUCCUGUGGGAGCAGAACUUGGAGCGGUUCCACAUAGACCUCUUCCGCUGUCGCUGCUACCUGGCCAGUCUGCAGGGCGGCGAACCUCCAAAUCCCAAACGCCUCCUGGGCUUUGCUACACGUCCCACCAAAAUGGCCAUGGGCCGCCUUGGCAUCUUCUCUGUGUCUUCCUUCCACGCACUGGUGUCUGCCCGAAGUGAGGGCAGCAUCAGGAAGCGAAACCCAGCGAUUCAGCGCACCUUCAGUAAACGGCGCAGCCGCUUCUCCUCCCUCUGGGGUCUGGACACCGCCUCCAGAAGAAAGACCAAAGGACAUCCUUCAGUUCAGCAGGUGUUUAAUAAUGGGUCGGAGCCUGUAAGAAAACCCUUGGAGCGCAUGUUUGAAGACUCUGCCAGCGAGAAAUCUAAAAAGACGGAAGACUCCAUGAAAUCUGUUCCCAAGCAAAGCGUGGACAGCGACAUUUGGGUGCCCGAUUCCCUGAAGCCGUCCUGGGUGUGUCUGCCGAACGAUCAGCCGGUCCUGGCCAUCGUGCAGCCCGGGGAGACGACGCUGGAUGUCCUGAGAAGCGUCUGCACGAGCCAUCAGAUUGAGCCUUCUGGUCACUACCUGCGUUUGAAGGUGGCGGUCGACAACCAGCUGCUUUAUUAUGUUCCCAAAUCUGAAGAAGACAUCUCCGAUUUGAUCUACAAAGAGAUUGAGAUUUGCCCCAGAGCUACCAAGGUGAUCAGCUUUGACAAAGCAGAGUCCAGCACCAUCGGAUACGGUUUCGUCGUGGCCGCUACGGAUGAGGACGAGGUGCUGCGGCUUCACAUCACUGAAGUGAAACCAGGAGGACUGGCUUCAGCUAAAGGUUUGAAAGCAGGAGAUGAGAUUCAGUUCGUCAAUGGUAAACCUGCCUCUGCCCUCCAGCACGAUGAUUUGAGGGCAGCGUUUGGGAACCGCAUGCUCACCCUGGAUGUCAGCACCGUGCCCCAGCUGGACCCCAAGGUGCUGUGCCCCUGCCCGCCUCAUCGCUCCGACGGAGAACAAGACCAGACCACAGAUAUAUUUUCCGAGAAUCAAGAGAACAUCCUGGAUGAGGUGUCGGGUUUGACUGUGGAGAGCCUCGAUGAGAGUUUGGAAGAGGGACCCCUAUUAACCCUGCCGAGCCCCGGAGAUCACCACGAAGAUAGGACGUUAAUGGCAGCAGGACAGAAGAGCACGGAGCAGGUCACUGCUUUCUGCCGCGGUCCUCAUGACAUGAAUCCCCCGGAGUGCCCAAUGUCAUCCUCCUCUUCCUCGUCUUCGUCGUCCCUGUCACCAAGCCCAGUGUCGGCUUUGGCGCCGGCUGCGGGCAACGCCGCCCAGAGACAUCUUUCACACGCAGACAAACUGCGCAAGGUCAUCAGUGAAUUAGUGGAGACGGAGCAGACGUACGUCAAGGACCUGCGCUAUCUCAUCGAGUGUUACUUGAAACCUUUACAAAAGGAGCGUUUACUAACUCAGGAUGAGCUGGACAUUUUAUUCGGUAAUCUGGAAGAGAUGGUGGAGUUCCAGCUGGAGUUCCUGCGAACGCUUGAAGAUGGAAUCAGACUGGUGCCAGAUCUGGACAGACUGGAGAGGGUGGACCAGUUUAAGAAGGUGCUGUUCUCUCUGGGUGGUUCAUUCCUGUAUUAUGCUGAUCGCUUCAAGAUCUACAGCGCUUUUUGUGCCAGCCACACAAAGGUCCCAAAGGUCCUGGCUAAAGCCAAAACCGAUCCAGAGUUCAAAGCGUUCCUGGCGGAGAGGAACCCCAGACAGCAACAUUCAUCCACUCUGGAGUCUUACCUAAUCAAACCCAUCCAGAGAGUGGUGAAAUACCCGCUCCUGCUCAGGGAGCUCUACUCUCUCACCGACCCGGACAGUGAAGAACACUACCACCUGGAUGUUGCAAUGAAGGCCAUGAACAAAGUGGCGAGCCACAUCAAUGACAUGCAGAAGCUUCACGAGGAGUACGGAGCUGUUUUUGAUCAGCUCAUCAAUGAGCAAACGGCGGAUAACAAAGAGGUACUUGAUCUCUCAAUGGGCGACCUUCUGCUGCAUUCACCAGUGAUGUGGAUGAAUCCUUCGUCCUCUUUUGGCAAGAGCAAAAAGGACCCAGAAUUAGCGGCUUUUGUGUUCAAAACGGCAGUGGUGUUUGUCUACAAAAACUGCUCCAAGCACAGGAAAAAAAUUGGAGGAUCUCAUCGGAUGUCUGUCAGUGAGGACAGGGAUAAUUGUCGCUUCCGCUACAUGAUUGCAACCGACUCCCUGCAAGUCCGGCCUACUGCAAGCUCUGAACCCACAGAAGUGUGUGAAUUAGUCCACACGAGGUCUGAAUCUGAAGGAAGACCACAAACGACCUUUCAACUGCGUUUCAGUUCUCCGGAUAAUAAAAAGGACUUCUUAAAGGCAGUCCAGUCAAUUCUUAGGGAGAAGCAACGGCGGCAGCUUCUGAAGACAAAGUCUCUGCCGCUCAACCAAAAGUACGUCCCAUUCGGUGGCAAACGGCUCAGUGCCCUCAAAGGUGCACGGCCCGGCAUGAACAGAGCAGCAUCCGCUCCAUCGCGAACACUGUCUCGCAGAGGCCUGAUGAAGAACCGCAUCACCAUCGACGCCGACCUGGUUUUCAAUGGCAACAACAACAGCGGCGACGACGACGCCAACUUCUCUCACCGCUCGUCUUAUUCGUCCUCAAACUCACCGCCCUCUCAGCACGAACCUCCUCCCUCUCACAAACCUCAGGCAGAGGACACGGACCGUUGGGUGGAAGAGCAGUUCAACUUGGGGCGCUACGAAGACCAAUGCGAAGGCAUCGACGACAGACCGGUGAAGGAGACCGACAUCCUGAGCGAUGACGACGAGUACUGCGAGUCUGUCCGAUCUCCGUCCGCUGAGCCGGACUCCCUGGAGGCAGGGGUGGAAGGACUGACCUUGCACAGCGAAGAGGUCGACUUGAAUAGAAAGGCGGAGUCUAAAACGGAGAUCGUACAGAGUGCGAAAGUGGAGCGAACGAAGCAGAGGGAGGAUUCAUACUCCUUCGCAUCCUGCAGCCUCUCCGUCUCCCCUUGUUCAAAGCUCGCUCCUUUGAAGCAGCAGUGUGCUGUCGAGGGGGCCACAGGCAAGGACCGCGACACGAUCUGGGUGCGGCGGGACAACUUUAACAAAGGGUGCAACAGUGAUGUCUUUUGAUGGGGAAACUGCAGGAGACUGAAUGAAGAAAUGAGAAAAACUGAGGAGUCUUCCACUUAAUACGGUAUCGUGCGAAGGUGUUUGUGUCCCUCGAAGUUUUUCACGUUUGCGCCAUUCAACCUACUUCAUGGUAUUUUAUUGGGAUUUCAUGUGAUGGAUGAAAACAAAAUGGGAUAUGAUAUUAUUCAUUGUCUUCAUGAUUUUACCAAUUGAAAUUCAAUUGAAAUUCUGAAAAGUGCAGAGGGAAUUUCUGUUCUUCUUUGUGGACUUAAUUGAAGCUGGCUGUAUGAGUAGGAUCACUGUCCCUGCUGGAUGCCGCGGGUCUUUUGCAGCCUCAGGUUGUUUUCUUCCAGUAUUACCUUGAGUUUACGUCCAUCCAUCUUCUUAUCAACUCUGACCAGCUUCCCCGUCCCUGCUAAAGAAGAAACAUUCCCACAGCAUGAUCCUGCCACCACCAUGUUUUACUGUGGAGAUUGGUAUUCUGGGAGUUUAGUGUUUAGUUUUUUACAACGCAUGAUUUUUUUGUUGCAUGUGGGCAGAAAAGGUAAUCUUUUGGUCUCACCGGACCAGAGAACCUUCUUCAACAUGUUUUUUUUUUUUUUUUUUCCUACAUGGCAUGUGGCAAACCUUAAAAGGGACCUCAUGGCAUCCCGAUUUCUACUGAAAAUAACAGUGCACCGUGAUUUGUAGGGUGCACUGUUGACAGACACUCCUACCUGAGCUAUGGAUCUCUGGCAAGGAGAAGCAACCACGAGGUCCAUGGAAACUUUGGAAGAGCUGCAGUCUGUCAGGUUAAGAUGACAGCCUUCUCUUUGCAGGGGUUGCUGGUUCAUACUUUUUAUUUUUUUUGAUUAUGAAUGAAUUUUUCCUUCCACUUCAUAAUCAAACUCUACUUCAUGUCGUUCCUAUCACAGGGAAUCCCAAUCAAAUGCAUUGGAGUGUGUGGUUGUAGUAUGAGGCUGUAAAACGGUGAAAAUGCUUGAGAGGUAUGAAAACCUUUGCAAGGUGUUGUAAAUCAGAUUUGCUUGAAAAAUGUGAGGGGAAUAUCAGGUACAGGCGUUAAGAGAGAGUGUAUAAUCCUCUUUGAUACGAAACCAGUGUAUUGAACCCCACCCAUUUUGACAAUCCUAAUGUCCUUAAACAUGCGCCGCUUCAUCUUACACCCCUCAGAUCCUCAUUCAGAAGUGCUUUCUGUAAAAGUGCGACAGAGAGCACCUCACCGUACCUAGGCAUUUCACAAACAAGUGGCAUUUAUCUGAAGAUGAAAGCUUUGUAUAUGCAUGCAUGCAAAACAAGACGGUGUAUGUGUCUUCAUACACUGCAAGAGCACAUCGUACGUUGACACAGGCAGCUACUGUCUCAUUAUACACACACACAGACACACACACACACAUAUGCUGCAUGGAAGAGACAUCCUCACAAACCUAUGACUUUCGGACCAAAAAAUGUCUAUUUUUCACAGGAAUGUGGGUGUUUAUAUAUUUUUCUGACUCAAAAAGCUGCAAUUGUAUUUGACCACCUAAGGGCUGUGUGUUACUGAGCUUCUCUUCAGGGGAUUUUGGCUAAAUGGCUGCUGUAUAAAAGAUCGUGAGGUCCGACUAGCUUUAUUGUGCUUUUUAAAAUGGUGUUAACUUAAUAUCAGAUGCACAUCGAUGUAUAGUUGGAAGUAAUAAUAGUGCUGUUCGCCCGUUGUACAAAAAAACAAACAAAGAAAAAAACAAAGAUGUUUUGGAGCUCACCUUGUCUUCAAACAUAUCCUUUUUAAUAGCAAUGAACAGCAGAUUUUUCAUAUUUAUUUAAUAUUGCCUAUUUGAGAAAAAAAUACUGUACCUUUUUAAUGUUUACAACACAUUUAUCUGCCCAGUGUUACAAGCUACUUUGUAUUUGGUGGCAGGAACGGACUUGAUAGAGCCAUCAUCUAUGCCCUUCACACCUUUUGUUUUAUUGAUGAAAUUAAAUAUCCCUCUAUUUUGGUAGUUCAUGUAUUUUUAGCUCAUUAGCAGGCCUUACACUGGAUUCUAGAAUCCCUUUAAGCUUGAUGUCCCUACAAUACAGCCUAAGCCCUCCAGUCCUGUUUAACUGAAUAUUAUUAGUCCUGGGCUGCAACCAAGUUCUCCUAUAUCAGAGGCAGACAACAUCUUACCACUAACUUAUGAACGUCCUUUCACUGCCUGCGUCCACUUCACAAUGCUGUGAUGCUGCUCCAAUCCACCAGGCGGCGCCGUUUCACUGUCAUCACAGCAAUACGCUUCUUGUGAAUCUUAUGUACAGUACACAGAACUGUGAAGGCGGAGGCGUAGCUACUCGAGGUCAUAGGAAUAGGGACGUGGAUGUGGAUUUAAGUAUUUAUGUUCUUAAUCUCCCUCCGGAGCUGACGUGUCGGAUAACAGCUCACUGGUUCAUGACAUUCAGGAAGAACUUCUGACUGUGAGGUACAAUCACCAGGCCUUGGAGGCAAACCGUGUGAAAAGCCCUUUGACUCCCACCUUUGUACUUUUGAAACUGUUUGUACUUAAAACUGUGGAGCAUUAUCAUUUUUAUGUGAAAAUAAAUUUUCUCAGUAUU